CUCUUUUCUAUUUCUUAUCAAAAAAAAAAAAAAAAAGUUGUAAACAACAAAAUGUCACAAUACAAAGCUAUCAUUCUUGUAGGUGGCCCAUCCAGGGCAACACGUUUCAGACCUCUUUCUUUGGAUGUCCCUAAACCUUUAUUCCCUGUUGCUGGUGCUCCCAUCAUCUCUCACCAUCUUGCUGCUUUAUCUAAAGUCGAAGGUUUACAAGAAGUCUUGAUCAUUGGCUUUUUUGAAGAUAAUGUUUUUGCAAGGUUUUUAGAUGAAGCUGCCUCCGAAUUCCCCAAGUUACAUAUCAGAUAUCUUCGAGAAUAUCAAUCUUUAGGUACAGCAGGUGGACUUUAUCAUUUUCGUGAUGAAAUCUUACGUGGUAACCCUCAACAAUUCUUUGUGAUGCAUGUCGAUAUUGCUUGUGCAUUCCCUUUGAAUGAAAUGUUGAAAGCUCAUAUGUCACAUCGUGGACUUUGUACUAUGCUUGGAACUAAGGUACCUCGUGAACAAGCUACCAAGUAUGGAUGUCUCGUGGCAAAAGCCGAUACGAAUGAAGUACUACAUUAUGUGGAAAAGCCUGAAACCUUCAUUUCCGACUUGAUUUCAUGUGGUGUUUAUUUGUUUGACACGGCUGUAUUUGUUGAAAUGAAAAAAGCUAUUGAUCGGAAAAAGGAUGUCAAUCAUGAAGAAAGUGAUUACCUUUGGACUGCUUCAGAUGAUAGGUUGCGAUUGGAACAAGACCUUUUACGUCCAUUGUCUGAAAAUCGAAAAUUGUAUGUGUAUGUUACUGAAGAACCAUGGCGACAAAUCAAAACUGCAGGAUCUGCCAUUGCUGCUAAUGCCACUUAUCUUGAACAACAGGCCAAGGAAAAUCCUGACCGUUUAGUGAACAAAUCUGCUAAUGGACCAGAAAUUAUUGGUGCUGUUUAUAUUCAUCCUUCAGCUCAAGUAGAUCCAACUGCUAAGAUUGGUCCUAACGUAUCUAUUGGCCCUCGUGUACAUAUUGGAAAAGGUGUACGUAUCAAGGAUGCCAUUAUUUUGGAUAGUGUACAAAUUGGGGCCGGCAGUUGUGUUCUUCAUUCUGUCAUUGGUUGGAAUAGUAAGAUUGGUGCUUGGGCUCGUGUUGAAGGAAGUCCUAUUACAGAUCAUAAUAUCGCUAUGAUGGAAAAUGGUAUAAAGAGUCAAAGUAUCACCAUUUUAGGGAAGGAAGUAUCUGUCUUGGAUGAAACCAUUAUUCGAAACUGUAUAGUUUUACCUCACAAAGAACUCAAAUCAUCCUUCCAUAGUGAAAUCUUGAUGUAGAUUUGACCAAAGUCUUUUUGUUUAGUUAGCUUGUUAUUAGUUAGUGUUUUAUUGUUAUUACCUUAUUGGAGAAGAUAUGCGGGCAAUAAAAUAGAUGCAUUUUGAAAUUGGAA